AACUCGUAUGGGAACAUGAACACCACAUAGUGUUUGUGGACUUAUGCAAGGAGCAAAAGAUGUUGGGAAACAAACCUGGAUUGCCGCAUAUAUUGGUACCUUUUCAACAAAAGACGGGCACGAUGCUCACGAAAAGCCAGCUUAAGAAUCACUGGGAUACAAUGGUCAAGCAGUGGAAGAUAUGGAGUAGACUUGUUCAAUGCAGUGAUAUGAAAUGGGAUCCUCAGACAAAGACGUUUGGUGCCAGUGAUCAAGACUGGGCCAACUAUUUACAGGUAAAUCCUGAUGCUAGGCAGUAUCGGUUGAAUCCUCCAUCGUUACUCAAGGACCUAGAGUUUAUCUUUGAAGAUAGUAACGUAGAUGAUGAAGGUACUUCAGGUAGCAAAAGGAAGCGAAUAUGCAAGCAUCCUGAUGAAGAAAAUGACUCUGGAGAUGAAGAUAGGCAAAGCGCGUCUAACAUCGCGACUCCUCAGCCUAAAGCAUAUUGGUCAUCGUACUCACAUGAGCUGUUUGUCAAUUUGUUGUUCCAAGAGUCUUUAAAAGGAAACAGACCGAGAACAACCAGACGUAACUCACAUUAUCCAAAGGAAACUUGGAAUAUGAUGGUUGAGUCGUUCAACCAGAAGACAGGACUAGGCUACACACGAGAACAGCUCAAAAACCGCUAUACUGUUACCAGGGAAGCUUGGAUGAUCUGGUGUCAAGCUAUUGGUUCUCCGUUAAUGAAGUGGGAUGCUAAUACACGCACUUUUGGAGCUAGUGAUGAAGAAUGGAAAAACUACUUGAAGGAAAACAAAAAAGCUGCACCAUGCAGAGGGAAUCAUAUUCGUCACACUGAUAAACUAGCAAUCAUCUUCAAAGGACGUAUAGAACCUGGGAAAGCCGUUUUCCGUCCUUACCGCAAGAGAGUGAUCAAUCAUCAUUCCGAAGCACCACAUGACCCAGCUCCUUCAUCAGCACUCAACACAAACGAGCCAGUGGUCACAGGAAGUGAAGGUGGAGCUGAUGAUGUUGACACAGUGAUCAAUGAAUCACCACAAGACCCAGCUUCAUCAUCAGAACUCUACACAAACGAGCCAGAGGUCACAGGAAGUGAAGGUGGAGCUGAUGAUGAUGACAUAAUGAUCGAUCAUCAUUCCGAAUCACCACAGGACCCAGCUCCAUCAUCAGAACUCUACACAAAAGAGCCAGUCACAGGAAGUGAAGGUAGAGCUGAUAAUGAUGACAAUGAUUUACCUACUCCGCAUCACGGGAUAUUUAACGGUGUUGGAGUUGAAGAGUCAAAAGAUGUUAAAACUGUAACUCCAAAGUUUGAGAAUGUCUUGGCUGCUUAGACGUCUAUCUGGUGGCCCUACCAUUGCUGCCUAAGAUCCUCUUUUGUUCUCCCAAACUUCUGCUUAUGUCUUAAAACUCUUUAUUUAUCUUUGUCUGGUUCAAGUUUUUUUUUUAAUGUUUAUUGGUAUUUUGGAAAACUCUUUUCUUUAUAUUUUUUUCUUAAAUAUAUCCUUUUAAGAAAAUCGUUUAGUUUAU